AUGGAGGUAGUUGACUUGUCGAGGACGGCGCCGCAGCUGUACUCCAUGGGCGCCUGUGGCACGGCACCCGUUGAUGGCGAGGUGGGCGUGGCCACGUGUUCGCGCUACAAGCGCGAAGAGCCGGCGCAGUGGGGUGGAUUUUGGAUGGAGAUGGGCAUCUACAGAGGGUUAACGGAGGAUAGCAUUAGACUAGAAGGUGUUUUGAAGUUGCUCUAUUGCAGGUACAGAGCUUACGAACUUGACGAGUACGCUUGCUGGCUUUACGUCGAGGAAGAAGAGAAAUUGCAUGAGAUCGCUGCCAGAGUGAAUCUUCGUUGA